AUGGCCCCUUUACACUCGUACGCGUACGCUAGUAGUUCGGAAGCGGCCGCGUUAUUAUCCGACGGUCUGACUACCACCACAGCUGCAAAAGAAGCAGGAGAAGAAGAAGAUGUGAUAAUGAGAGUGAUGCUUUCACAGCUCAUUGACACUGCUGUCUUCACCUUCAAUCUGGCUUUCUUGACAGUCAUGAAGGCCACUGCCGCAUCAUGA